AUGGCAGAUGCACACGGGAUUCCGAGUCUGCAGCACGAGGAUUAUUCGGUUGAAAUGCUCUGGACUACCAAGGACGAUGGCAAACAAUGCGCAAAUCGGUGUUUUUUUUUGCCCAUCGAGCGGAUAGGAACACCGUCUUGGUGGUUCACUAGCGAUCACUUCCGACAGGUCUAG